AUCUAAUAUGGCGGCCCCCUGGAAGAACGAGUAAACAUACGUGCUAUUACACAGUAACAUCAAAGACUGUAGACACACAGUUACACACGGACACUUUGUGCUGAAUCAUAUUAUUUUAAGCAUUCUUCAAGGAAUCGGUAAUUACCUUCUUAGCGCAAUGCCAAUGGCCAGGCAAUCAAUGUUACUUUGGAUGGCCCGCCCUGCCAGACAGACGUGCAGGACAAUGUCCACAACGCCGGCCGGUGUGGACGUCCGACGGAGAGCUAUGCUUGACCGCAUCAUCAGGGUGGACCAUGCGGGCGAGCUUGCUGCAGAUCGAAUAUAUGCCGGUCAGAUGGCUGUUUUAGGCAAGACGGCCACGGGUCCCGUGAUAAAGGAAAUGUGGGAGCAAGAGAAAAAACAUUUGGCAAAGUUUGAAUCGUUACUGCCACAGUACCGAGCAAGACCAUCAGCACUGAUACCUUUCUGGAACAUAGCUGGAUUUGCUCUCGGAGCUGGUACUGCACUCUUAGGUAAGCAAGCUGCCAUGGCCUGUACAGUUGCAGUGGAAGAAAUCAUUGGAGAUCACUACAACAGUCAAAUAAGAGAGCUCUUAGAAGACAACCCAGAACUGCACAAGGAACUGUUAGAGACUAUCAGAGAGUUCAGGGAUGAUGAGCUUGGGCAUUUAGAGACAGGGAUGCAGAACGAGGCAGAGCAGGCACCUUUUUAUAAGACUCUGACUGAGGUCAUCAAGAUUGGAUGCAGAGGUGCAGUGUGGGUAGCCGAACGAGUAUGACAGCAAAUUCUCACCACACCUGGUCUGUCAGCUAAGCUAGAUCUACAUUCUAGGAAAUGUAAACGUGCUUGGACUGCACAGGAAACAUUCAUGUUGCCUUCAGUGACCAUGUGCAGCUGAUGGCUGGAAUCAUCGUAGUUAAACGUUAUCAGCUAGCUUUGAGGUUAGUAACCGUGUGAGGUCAGUACGUGGCUCCAUCUGGGGGCGGUAUGGAUGAUGGCCCUAUGGAUGAUGGCCCUACGAACGACUGUUGACAUUUGAGCCAAAGGAUCAGAGGGCUGGAUAAAUGCCGAGGGGAUGAGAAAGAUAAAAUUACUGAAUGUGCCUUGCAUCAGGGUAUUUCAAAUGGGAUUUCUAUCAGCCAUAUUUUGGCAUAAAACCUACACUGGGAUAUUCGUGCGAUUUGAAUUUAUAAUAAUUUAAUUUCAUUGUAAAUGAAUUGUCAUUAAAGAGUAGCUAAAUGAAAACCACUUCUAGUAAAAUUAGUUAUAACCUGCGAAACAUGAUGGAAGACUAGCAAGACGUGACUAGUUAUAUCAGGGUUCGCACACAUGUAUCUACAGGUUUAUUCGUUAUCGUGUCUUAGUAAUUUAUGUACAAGUUGUUUACUUGUUACUUAUUGUUACUUGUAUUUUGUAGGUAAAUGUGUAUUAAAACAGUUAUUAUUUGAUACCAGAUA